AACUUCCCAAGGGGCAGGUCUAAACCAGAGGUGGAACUUCUCCAGCAGCAAUGAACAUUUCAGAAUGAAGAACCCGCUGGCCGGUUGUGCGUAUGACAGAGUGUACCAAGAUCUGAAAGGGUUUUCCAAAAAUGGAGAUAACUUCUGCAAGCAACUCUUGUCUCUUCUUCAUCAGAGAGCUAACUUGGAGAUUACUUAUGCUGAAGGACUGGGGAAGCUGGCAAAGAAGCUCACCAAAGUGUUGGACAAGAUGAAGGUCAAUUAUAUCUGUGGAGCCUGGCAUUGCGUUUCGGAGGGGAUGAAAUCAACAUCUGAUUUGCACUGUAAACUUGGCAAAGCCAUUCAGACAGAAGCAAUCAACCCAACGAAACGCAUCCUGGACGAACAUGAAAAGAAGAAAAAAGCAAUAGACAAUGUGGUUGAGAAGGCAGCGGACAUGGUUGUCAGCAACUGGCGCCAACAAAUAAAGGCCAAGAAGAAAUUAAAGGAGCUUACCAGGGACCAUGAAGCACUCUUCCGGGAUACAGAAAGUUCCCAGCCGCUGGCUUCCCCAAAGACCAAAAAAAAGUUGCUCAGAAACUUGGAAAAAUCUGCAACAAGGCUGGCAAAGGAAGACGAAGAUUAUUACAAAAAGAAUUUAGUUGCGUGCGACAAUAAGUUAAAAUGGGGGGCCGCUUUAGAAAAUGGCCACCAGAAUAUCCUAGAUCUUGAAAAGGAACGGCUGCAUCUUCUGUGCAAUAUGUUAAAUUGCUACAGCCAGCAUCUUUCCAGUUUUGGACACAGCCUAACUGCAUAUCACACACAGAUGCAUAGUGCUGUCAGCAAAGUUGAUCCUGAAAAGGACUUUCAGAUGUUGUUGGGAGAAACGGCAGUGUCUAUUGAAGAAAACAAAUCGGAGUUCUUGUUAACAGACUAUUAUGAGGAAGAUUCAACAAGCCUCAUUGAAAAAGAGAGGCGGCAAGCUUCCAUCAAAACUAAAGUACUCCGCUUACAGAAGGACUUGGAAAAGGCCCUACAGAACAAAAGAGGACUGGAGAGAAUGCUCCAAGCAUACCUGGAGAUGCCACAGUUCUCAGAUCCAAAGAAUCACAACGAGAUCACUGAGCAGCUUAGCGAGACAACUCUGAAAGUUAGCCUUUUACAAGCAAACUACUUUAAACUGGGCAGCAUUCUAGCAGAUAUGGAACAGACGCCCAAACCAACCGAACCCUGGAAUGACUGCAUUUCAAAAUGGAAAGAAAAGGAUUGUGUUCAUAGUUCUGUGAUGAUCACUUACCCUAUCAAAAUGAAGCACUUUCAGCAAACUCGGAGUACACAGGUGGCCAGUGAAACAAGAAGUAACUCAAGUUCUCUGCCAGCCAUUGUGAACCAUUCAAAUCCAACACCCUGUUUACGUCCAGAGAAUGGUGAUUCAGCGUGCACUAUGUGUACAGCUCUGUAUGAUUACCAAACUGAAAGGGAAGAUGAGCUCUGUUUGAAAGAAGGUGAUGUCAUUGUAAUUCAUCAAAAGGAAGAUGACGGAUGGUGGCGCGGAUCUAUAAACGGGAAAAGUGGUAUUUUUCCAGCAACAUACGUGGAAGAGAUCUCUCCCUAUCCUGACAAGACUCUCGCUGAAGAGGCUACAUCACCUUAUUAAAGCAUACAAAUGAGACAAGCAUAAUUAAGACCAAACAACGAAGCAGCAAGCUUUUAUUCUUGAAUAAUUUCCUGCGUUAGAGGACUCUGUGGAAGAGUCAACUCUUUUGUUUGGUAAAUCCAUAGAGUAUCGUAAAAAUUAAACUCCCUCUUCUUACCAAAUUUCUUAAGAGCUAGUAUUUUCAACACCAAUGUGAGCAUUAUUUUGACUUGUAAUUUAAUAAUUCGUUGUCAAACCCUCCUGUUCUGACUGGUACAGGGUUUAAGAAGCAGCAAGAAGGAAAGACUUAUUUUUGUUCUUAAAGCCUUAGGCUAUGUUUCUGACAUAGCAAAGCUCCACGUGUAACAGUCUUUAGAAAUAAUAAUCGCAUUCAGGAGCAGUUUGUACAAUGCUACUCUC